AUGAUGAACGAAUCGGAAUGUGACACAAACGACGACUUUGACUUCAGUGACCAAUCUUUCGUGGACGUCGAGACUGUUGAUGAUUCCUUAGAGGGAAAUGGAGUGAAGGGAAAGCAAGCAUCUCUUGUACUCUCCGUAAACGUGAAACGUAAUCCAUUGCAAUUGAGCACCCCAAAUACUCGUCCAUGUUUCGGAUCUCUGCAAGUGGAUUUCACACCGCCGCUAACACCUCCUCGCUCCCGUUACGCGAUGGUGCGCGAACGAACUACCACAGAAACUAUGCCGCCAAACUUCACCAACACAGAGUACUCGGUUUAUCAAGGUGUGGAAAAUCUAACACCUACAUACGUCGUGGACAGCAGCUUCGAUGAUUCAAGAGAUACUCCGGUUUCUGCAUUCGAUUUUUCACGUCAUCAGUUUUCAAGAGCUCUUUUCUCUGCAAGACCGCUGACACCGGUACGAACUUAUAAUCAAGCAGAUGUUGACAUGACUCUGCCAACACUAAGUUUAUUAUGUAAAAAGGACAAUAGUGAGAUAAGAGCUCGUAAGAGAUUCUUCUAUUCUUCAUGGAGAAGAAUGUGCGGCAUAGAUGGCUGCAAGAAUCAAUGCUCCACAGUGAAAAAUCUCUGUGACCACUUACAGACAUUUCACAACAUCUCGACUUACAUUACCACGAUCUUGUUUUCUAAAGCGGACGACUUUAGGAGCUUCUUAAAAGAACUAUCCGACGAUGAAAUUACGUUCCGACGGGAUAGAAAGAAAGGAAUAUUUGGAACAUAUAAAUGCAGACAAUUAUUAUUUGGAAAUGCUCCGAGACUACGCAUUGUCAAUCCAACUAGAGGCAAUGUGUCAUCAUACUAUGAUAUGGAUUAUGAUUGCUGCGAAUAUGGUACUCCUUCCAAGGGUCCUUUCAUACGUGAAGGAGGAGAAUGCCCGGCAUUCCUGUCUGCGAAAGCGGAUGGUAAUCGAAUAAAGGUGCUCGUAUGCGACUGGCACCUACAUGGUCCCAUCAUUCCAAGGCUGGCACUUCAGAAGAUCGAGGACCUUUACGUUAAUAAAAAGAUGCCAGUUUCUGCGAUAGCAAGAAUCAUACGAGGUACCGCGGGGGAGUUCUGUACGAAAGGAAGUGAUGUUGACGUACAUAUUCGCUCUCUAAAAGAUCGGCAUAUUCAGUUUUUGUGUCAUUACGUCGUUAACAAUGUCCACGACACGGAAAGCACAAAUCCUCACAUAAAUCUUGGUUCUAACAUACUGACGGAUUUCGAGCGACGCUGCUUAGAACAGCAAUGGACGCCCGUACCAUUGGGACCAAUUAUUUCAGAACCGCUACCUAUAGAUGUUCGUCAAAACGAUUAUAUAGUGAACGAGGAGACGAUUCCACAUGGCUAG